CUAACACACAAUUCAAAUUUGCGCCACCAUUUGUUGCAAUUUUUGUGAAAGAAGCGCUAAAGCUCUCAGCUUUUAACAGCAAUCCUGUCGUCGGUGGUCAGUUCACAGGUGAGAUGAUGGUCACAGCCCGCCAAAGCAAAAGCCUACUUCUUGAAACAGCCACUUCACCCUCUCUUCCAAAUCCUAACCCUAAGCUUCUCAUUAGAACCCUUCAAACUCCCUCUAAACUAAAUCUUUCAUCAAAUGAAUCACCAAAUCCUUCCACAGUUGUACAAGAUACAUUCUUGGUUGAAAAGUUCUUGUUGAGGCUGAAACAAGGUGAGUCCAGAUCUCUUUGUAAUUAUCUAUUUCAGUUAAACCCAUCAAUCUUUGUUGAUGUUCUUUGUCGAUGUCGUGAAAAUCUGCAACUGGGUCAAAAAUUUAUCGACUUAAUUGCCAGAGAUCAUCCGAAUUUUAAGCAUUCGUCGCAUUCGCUUAGUGCGGCGAUUCAUAUGCUCGUUAGGAGUCGGAGGCUGUCGGAUGCCCAGGCUUUGAUUCUUAGGAUGGUGAGGAAGAGUGGGGUUUCGCGGGUUGAGAUUGUCGAUUCUUUGAUUUCGACUUAUAGGGGUUGUGGAUCGAAUCCACUUGUUUUUGAUUUACUGGUUAGAACCUAUGUACAAGCUAGGAAGUUGAGGGAAGCGGCCGAGGCAUUUCGGGUACUGAAAACUAGGGGUUUUUGUGUUUCCAUAAAUGCUUGUAAUGGUCUACUUGGAGGACUUGUGAAGGUUGAGUGGGUGGAUUUGGCAUGGGAAAUAUAUGGGGAAAUUGUUAGGAGUCAGAUUCAAGUGAAUGUUUAUACGCUAAACAUCAUGGUUAAUGCGUUGUGUAAAGAUCGAAAAAUCAACCAAGCAAAAUUGUUUUUAUCUGAAUUGGAAUGGAAGGGGAUUAUUCCGGAUGUCGUGACGUAUAAUACUCUAAUUAAUGGGUAUUGUCGCGGAGGGCUUCUAGAAGAAGCUUUUGAGUUGAUGAACUCAAUGUCAGGCAAGGGGCUGAAGCCGUGUCGUUUCACAUACAAUGCAAUCAUGAAUGGAUUAUGUAAGAAUGGGAGAUAUGUGAGAGCAAAACAAGUAUUGAAUGAAAUGUUGCAGAGUGGGCUGAGCCCUGAUGUGACCACUUAUAAUGCUCUGCUUGUUGAGCGUUGUAGAAAAGAUAAUAUGUCAGAUGCUGAAGAAAUUUUUGAUGAAAUGUUGCGUCAAGGUGUUGUUCCUGAUUUUGUUAGUUAUAGUUCACUUAUCGGGUUGUUUUCAAGGAACGGAUAUCUUGAUCGGGCAUUAAAGUAUUUUGAAGUUAUGAAGGGUGUUGGCUUGGUACCAGACACUGUUAUUUAUACGAUUCUUAUCGAUGGGUUUUGCAGAAAUGGCAUUAUGUCGGAUGCUUUAAAGAUGAGAGAUGAAAUGCUGGAGCAGGGUUGCCUUAUGGAUGUGGUUACUUACAAUACUAUUUUAAAUGGCUUGUGCAAAGGAAAGAUGCUCCCUGAAGCAGAUGCGAUUUUCAACGAGAUGAUGGAGAGGGGUGUAUAUCCUGAUUUUUACACUUACACUACCCUUAUACAUGGAUAUUGUAAGAAUGGGAAUAUGAACAAAGCCCUAACUCUUUUUGGGUCAAUGAUUCAGGGAAGUCUGAAACCAGACAUUGUAACUUAUAAUACUUUGAUUGACGGGUUCUGCAAAGAAGGUGAAAUGGAAAAAGCUAAUGAGUUAUGGGGUGAUAUGAUUUCUAGAAAUAUAUUUCCUAAUCACAUUACAUACAGCAUUUUGAUAAAUGGAUUUUGUAGUCAGGGUUGUGUAUCUCAGGCAUUGAGAUUGUGGGAUGAAAUGGUCGGUAAAGGUAUUGAGCCUACUGUUAUAACAUGUAACACUGUUAUAAAAGGCUUUUGCCGGUCUGGGAAUGCAACAAAGGCAGACGAGUUCCUGAACAUGAUGAGUUCCAGAGGAGUUGUUUCGGAUAGCAUCAGUUAUAACACUCUUAUACAUGGAUUUGUGAAAGAAGAGAACAUGGACAAAGCAUUUGACAUAGUUAUUAAAAUGGAAAAUCAAGGGCUAUUACCAGAUGUCAUUACAUACAAUGUUAUUUUGGAUGGGUUUUGUAGAAAAGGUAGAAUGCAAGAAGGCAAUCUAAUACAUCGGAAGAUGGUUGAGAGGGGAGUAAAUCCUGACAGAUCAACUUAUAUAUCAUUGAUAAAUGGACAUGUCACACAGAACAACUUGAAGGAGGCGUUUCGGUUCCACGAUGAAAUGCUGCAAAGGGGUUUUGUGCCGGAUGAUAAAUUUUGAUUGCUUUGCUGUUGUAGCCACUAGGCAUUACAAGCCACGACAUACCAAGUUGUUACAGCUGAUAAAUUUUAAUUUUUCCAUUAUUGAGGCCAUUAUGUUCAUGACCUACCUGAUCCAUCAAGCUGCUUGACACAGACACAGACACUGAAUGUGGGACCUGUAAUCGUGAUGUCCUCUGUUCAAAUACCUUGUAGGAAUUUUGGAGUUGAGUGACAUUGGUGAACUUUAUAUACUACAAUUGUGGCAGCCUUGUAGCCAUUUUGAUCCAUGUGCAGUUCAGGAUUAUAUACCAAAAGGCUGCAUUUUGUGGUCAACUUGAGAGAUUUUGUUUCGUGUGCACCUGUUUCAGGCUUAAGAUAGCGAGGUUGCUGAAGAAUGAGUGAGCUUUGAAUUUUGAGGAUGGAAAGACAGUACAUAAUGACAAAAUCACCUAUUAAUCAAAAAGAUUUCAUAGCAGCUUGGAGUUCAGUUUUUUACAGAAGAAAAAAACGAGAUGUCAGAGGUUACACAGACCAGCUCUCAAUCGGAGGAGCCUACAAUCCAACAACAGGUUCCUGGAGAUCUACAGAACAUUCAAGCUGCGUAUAGGCUGAAUGGAACAAACUAUUUAAAGUGGUCUCAACUUGUUCAAACCUUUCUGAAAGGGAAGGGCAAGCUCAACCAUCUUCUUGGAAAAGGGCCUAAGAAUGAAGAUCCAAAGUUUGCUGCUUGGGACGAAGAAGACUCAAUGGUCAUGUCAUGGCUAUGGAAUGCUAUGGUACCCGAGAUAAGUGAUACUGUAAUGUUUUUGACAACUGCUCAAGAGAUAUGAGAGGCGAUCAGACAAACUUAUUCGAAGAAAAAUGAUGCAGCCCAGGUGUACGAGAUCAAGGUGAAGCUAGCUGCUACAAAACAAGGGAACAAGACUGUAACAGAGUAUGCCAACACUUUCAAAAAUUUGUGGUACGAGUUGGACUAUUACCAGGUUCUCGAGAUGAAGAACAGCGAGGAUGCUGCGUUGUUGAAGGCUUUCAUAGAAAAAGACCGAAUCUAUGAUUUCUUAGCAGGCCUUAAUCCGGAAUUCGAUAUUGUAAGAGUUCAGACUUUGGGGAAAGGAUUAUCCUCCCUAAAUGAAGCAAUUGCAACUAUUCGUGCUAAAGAGAGCAGUAGAGGAGUUAUGUUGGAUUCGCAGCCAUUGGAAGGAUCGGCACUCCUUACAACCAUUACUAGUGAGCAAACUUUGGAGAAGAAAUCUUCAGCUAAUACUGAUUAUAAGAAAUCUGACCCGAAGAGGACAUUCAAAGAGAAUCUGGUAUGUAACUAUUGCAAGAAAACUGGUCAUACGAAGGACACCUGCUAUAAGCUACAUGGAAGGCCACAAAACAUGAAUCAGUCAAAUCGGAAUUCCGGGGGAAGAAGCUGGCAGCAAAAAGGAAAAGCCCACGUUGCACAAAAUAGCACUAAUAAUACCAGUGAUCAACCGAAUUCCAGCAGCAGAGAAUUUUGUAAGGAAGACAUUGAUCGCUUCCGAUCCCUUCUUGAUUCACUCGAAGAACCUACAGGUGCCUGUUCAUUAGCACUUUCUGGUAUAGAAUGGUGAGAUUGAUCAUGUUAUGGUAGAGGGCUUGAGCAUUUGUGACAUCUUUGCGGAGGUGGUUUACUGAUUUAAAUUUGCAAGGGUUAUCUUUGAAGGUUGCUGAUUCUUCUAGUGUUCCCAACAACUCUUGGCAAACUUGUUCUACUCAAGGCAAUUCAUCAACCCUAAGAAUCAUCAGAAUGGCUAUGCAUGUUAAGUUUCAUGCCUGAUGGGGAUGACCAACUUUAAGAAUAGAACUUCUGAGAAGCUUUUGCCAAUCUACUAGUAAAGAAAGUUAAACUGUUUGAUAAGGAACCUUUCCUUUCUCAAAGUUGGUUGUUCUACUUUGUGCUCAGACUUUUACUGAUGAUUCUUGCUGCUAUCUCCUUUUCCUAAGUAUUCAACAUGGUGCCAUAAAUGUGGCCAGUUCAAUAGCUUAUAAACAAACUGAAGCGUUCCGAGAUUUCGCAAGAUUUUAGAUUUUUUCUUCUUCUUCUUCUUCUUCUUCUUCUUCUUCUUUGUUGAAUGGUUAAAAUUCAAUUCCCUGUACUAAUAUUGUUUAUAACUAAAAGAUUCUCUUGUACUAUUAUUAUGACAGCCCCAGCUAUGUUGAAGUUUAUGCUUUAUUUGGUUCA